GCUCGAGCGAGGAAGCGGCGGGAGGGCGGCCGUUAGGAAAAUGGCGCCGUGCGGCCCGGGCAGACACCCGGCACUGGCCGCCGCCGCCGCCUUCCUGGCGCAGCUGCUGUGUCACGGCCACACCGGCCGGCUGUACAGCAGCCAGGAGCCGGUGAACAUUCUGGAGGCGGAUGGGGUUAAGGACCUGCUUGGGAACUGGUCGGGCGCCUGGGUGGUGGAGUUCUACUGGUCGUGGGGCGGCCCCUGUGUCAACUAUGGGGCCACCUGGAAGGUACUGGGCCCGGGAGGUGAAAGGGAUUCCUGACUCAGACACCACCUCUGGAUUUCGCUGUGCACACUAUUGAACCCGGUGAAGGGGUUUUGAUCAAACACUGACAACAGUUAACUCUCGAACUUGUGUGGGACGGCCCGUUCCUAGUACUCCUCACCAUUGAACGGCGGAGAAAAGCUGGCAAAUGUCCAGUCACCUCUCCAGUUAAGAAAGGAGUCUGGACAGCCGAAUCAACACGUGACCCACUAUAACUCAGACUGAACAGACUUUGAUUAACUGACUAUACUAUGGCGACGUGAG